AUGAUUUUUUUUAUCUGGUUUCAGAAAAGUUUUCUGUAUACCAUAGAAUCAAAGCAUCUUUUUACUGAUUGUUCAGUUUAUCAAAAUAAGUACAUUUAUUUUCUUUCAAUAUGUGAUCUAUUUCAUAAAAACAUUCACUAAAUCUACCCAAUGAUAAAUAAUAUCUAGGAUUAUCUCUUCCGUAUUUCUUCAGAUAAUAGUAAAUAGAAAUUGUUAGCAAAGCAUUACAGAAAUGGAUGGCCUUAUGAUUUCCAUUUUCAUAAUCGUCACAAAACAGAUACCAUAAUAAUAUUGGAUAGCCACUUCCAAUCCCGUGGAAAAGAUUAACCAACGCAGCCAUUUACCCUCUAUGAUUUCUAGGAAUCACUUCUAUUGUCAAUAAUUAACUAUAUUGAGCACAUAUCCCAUGCAUAAAUCCUUAGAGUAAAAAUACAAACAAAAUUAUGA